CGGACCUUCUCUUUAGAUCAUUUCCACGAUAAUAAAUUUCACAGAUAUCGGUACUGGACAUUUUUCGUUUGCUGCGAUGGGUAUAGUAUAAAGAUACGGGGGAAACCCAUUCUCCCCUAUAACAAACUUGCCUUUCCCAUUCCACAACUUGAAGAUGUCUGCUUCAACACCACAAAAAUCAACAGCACUUGGCAAUUAUAGUUUGCGCAUGAUGCGCCAACCCCCCAAAGCAACCAGCACAAUAGCGGUGUCAGCUCUCAGGCUAGUCCGGCGAUGGGAAGCAACGAAUGUGCAUUCCAAAUGCUGGGUCCAAACAACUACAGUUCAUCUGCGUCCUUGCAACACAUUGCGACCCACGUCGGACUCGGAUGUGCAUGCUGUCGUCCAUAUGCAUAUGAUGGCAAGUCCCAACAUCGCCCCAUGGGCGUCAGACAGUCCAUCGAGCAGAAAUGCUGUCUCGCAUGGUUUCCCGCAUAAUUCACCAAUCCCUCACGAUAUAGGAGGUGCUGGGUCCAGGACCUCCGGUCAUCCAGCUACGGGAAAUGUCUACAUGUCUUCACAUGCAUCCUCGCUGGGACCGAUCAGCCACACUUCGCCCAUGUCCUCGCAAUGCAAUAUGACUGUCUCGGAUAUGCAUUCCGUCGUACCUAUGAUGGCAAACCCCAACGUUGCCUUGUGGACACCAGGCAAUUUCGGGACUACUGUCUUGCUUAGCCCCUCGCAAAGUGUGCUAUAUCCUCACGAUCUAGAAGGCGUGAACUCCAGUUUUCAGCACCCUCCGAUUCCAGUCGGAGCCACCAAUCAAUCAACCAUCUCCCCUCCCCCGUGCCUGCCGGUGGGUACAUAACAAUGCGUGUUGCGGAUAUGAAGGAACCUUGGAAGAUUUAAAACAGCAUUGGCAUGACAGCCAUCUUCCUGGAUGCCAAGAUGCGAUGAUGCGGUGUCAAUGGGAAAACUGCGUGUACCAUAGGCGAGGUGAUCCCUCAAUUAACGUCAUGCUGCGCUCCUCCGUGUGGCGGCAUAUAUCUGAAGUUCAUUUGAUGCAUCGGAGGAAUAACUAGACACUAACUGUAUUUUACUCUGUUUGGACAAGUUGCACGGGCACAACUCGCCUGAUUUUCUGUAACAAUAUCAGUGUACUAGACUAGCCUAACGCAGACAGGACACACAUUAAUGUACUUAUAUAUGAUAGGAACACCUACGACGGGUUGAAAAUUUCAUACCUGC